GUCACGACCAAUCGGCACGCGCCAGCUGGGAUUCCGGGUUUUUGACAGAAUCCAACGUGUCGCAAAGCUCGCAGGUGAAUGACGGCGGUGGACGUGUCGUUAUUUCGAGGAGUCGAGGGUGUGAAUUAAAGUCACCGCGCGUCGCCCAUCCAUCGAACGACGGAGGCCUCGCAUCGGGAAUACGCUAAUUUUCAAUCCGAUCGCAACGAACUCAAUAGAACAGGAAGAUGAAUGUGUCAAUGUCGCUAAUACUUUCUGUAUUCCUCGGAAUUGUGUGUACUGUUACGGCAUUAAAAGAAGGUGACUGUGAAGUAUGUGUCGCUGUUGUGGACAAAUUUAGUCAGACACUAACGGAAGAUAUUAAAAGUGACCCCAAGAAGAUUGAAGAAAAGUUUCGAGAAUUUUGUAAAGGCACUAAAUCAAAAGAAAAUAGAUUUUGUUAUUAUUUAGGUGGAUUAGAAGAAUCUGCCACUGGUAUCUUGGGUGAGCUCAGUAAACCACUAUCAUGGUCUAUGCCUGCAGAUAAGAUAUGCGAGAAAUUAAAGAAGAGAGAUGCUCAAAUAUGCGAUUUGAGAUUCGAGAAACAAAUCGAUCUCAAUACGGUAAAUCUGAAGAAGCUGAAGGUACGUGAUUUAAAGAAAAUUUUGAAUGAUUGGGAAGAGACGUGUGACGGUUGUAUAGAGAAGACGGACUUUAUCAAGCGGAUUGAGGAGCUCAAACCCAAGUACUUUAGUAGCAACUCGAAGACGGAACUCUGAAGGAUUAUCCUUAAUUUAGACAUGCAAUUAAGUUAGGAUGGCUAAAAUUCUGUUUCUUCUACGGAGGAAUUGUUUACAGCAUUUAGGAUAUAUAUUAUCCGUGUCAAUAUACGAUUCGCGUAUAGCUGUGUUCUGAAAAAAUUUGUCUUUAAUGACAGUCUCUUAUGAACUAAGACAUUUAGUUUCCAUUAAAUGGAGUAGAGUUUAAAUGAGAAUUAGCAUGAGACAAACGAUAAUGGGCAAAUUUUGUUAUGUAACAUUUUUAUAUCUCAAUAAUUUCGAAGGACAUAUGCAUUAAUAAUCUAAUUUUCCCGUAAGGUAGCCAUGCUAAUGGAUCUAUUUGAUCAAAGGUGCUCCAUUUUUAUGACAUCAUUAGAUAUAAAUUAAUAUACGUCGUUUAUAUAUGAGAAAUUAUUUUCACACAGUAUUUAUCUUCAUUGCUCUUCCUCAGGUAGUAUAGUAAUACGCAAAUACGUUUGUACGGUAUGUUCGAACAAUACUUCGUACCAAAACAUAAAUACGAUGUGUGUAAGAAGUACUUCAGCCACAACACCGUUGUACGUUUUUACAAAAUUAGAUUUCUUUUCGUUAUCCGUUAUGCACGAAAUACGAACAAAAUGUACAACUAAACUUAUGAAAUAUCUCUCAUGGCCAGUAUGAACUGUCGUACUUGAACGUGACAGGCUUAACAAUGCCAAUUUUUGAGAUAAGAAUUAUUUGUAUCGAUAUACACCAACUUUUCC